CACAAUUCAGCUUCAUUUGUUCAUUGCUCUAAGUUUUUGCUUGAACAAAUUUCUCUCAUUAAACAAUAACACAUCUUUCGAUCAUUAUCAUUUCAUUCACAGCAAAUUUUCCAUUCACUUUUCCUUUCAAUUUCACAUUUCUAAUUCUCUUUUUCAUUUUUUUUAUCUUUUCAGAUUCAACACCAAGAUGGAACCGGAAAACAUUGAUUGGGACAACAUCGAUUCCACCUUCAUUGUAGACGACACUUAUGAAAACUUCGACGCGCCUAAAUGGUUUGAUUUCUCUGCUUCUUCCAAUGAGCUUCUUGUUAAUGAAGAUGAUGAUGAAAUCUGGUUUUGCACUCAUGAUUGCAAUCAUCCCAAAAUUGCUCAAGAUUUUCUCAAACCCACAACCAUAAACACAACCAACUCCAAGGCAAAGCUAUUAAGAUUUGGAAGCUUUUCUGAAAUUCUUCCAUUUAGGGAGAGAAAACAAAGGGAAAAUUCUUCAGUUGUUAAGCACUGUGAGAAAUCUGCAAGACCCAAUUGUUUAAGGAACAUGGAUGAAGACAUUGAGAAUAAAAAUCCAAACUUUGUUGCUAAAAAUUUCAAUGUUGGAACCAACAAGUUGAAGAAGCCUUUGUUGAGACAAUACAUUAAAAGGGACAAUUUGAAUGAGAUGAAUGGUUCAAAAGAGUGUCAUGUAAGAAGUAAUGGAAAAUCAAGAUUAAAGAGUACAUUUUCAGCUCAAAAUUUGUUGGGUGGCAGGGAAAUUCUGAGUCAAAUAACUGGGUUCUGCUCUGAAUUGAAGAGGUUAGCAACAUGGAAGGGUUCUACUAAGAAAGGAGGGGGUAAUAAUGAGAAGGGUGCAAAUUCAAAUGGGGUGUUAGAAGAAUUGAAGGAAAAAACUAAGGGAAGCAAGGAGAGGAUGCCUUUGCUUGUAGUCAAGGAAGGGACACUACCUUGAAUGAUGGGGCAUUAUUAUUGUCACCAAAUGAUAGUGAUUUGGUUAGAGUGGAUUUUGUUAACAAAAAGUAGUGAUACAUUAAUGUUUGUCUAAAUUGAAUUUCUCAUAGUUGAUUUAGAAAAGAGUUAUUAUUAUUUCUGACUUGUUUAAUAAAUGGUG